AUGGUGCAGCCAGCCAGCUGCAUGCCUGGCCUCGAGGAGUGGAUUCAUUACGGUCAAUACCAAGAGCCCUUGAAGAAAAAGAAGAAGGAAGUGUUUGACCCCAAAGAGAGGCCGUCUGAUUCUAGUAAUCUCUCCGGCGGCGAAAAUUUGCAGUCACUCAUCAUUCUCAUAGUCCUUCAACAAACUAUCCAUGGUAAAUGGCUGUGA